UCCACACAAAAAAGUGAAGAAAAGGGAAACUAGCUUAAUUGUUCAAGCACUUUCACAAAAAGAGAGAAAUGGAAUUAUCUACACAAAAAGAAUCACUAGUUUCCCACUUUAGCCAUCCACAUCUUUUGGAACGCACUACCACACCCUCAACAACAAACAUAAAGUGCUUUGGUUGCAACCUAAGAAUCACACAUGAACAUGAUGAAGAUUACUACUACAUGUGCAAAACUUGUCCCUUCUAUCUUCACAAUGUUUGUUACAAAACACCUUUAAUCACAAACCAUCCUUCACAUCCAAACCAUGAUCUAUUCCUCCUUGCUAUACCUUCAUCAUCACAUGCUACAAAAACCACCUUCAACUGCAUGGCAUGUAAGAAGCAAUGCAUUGGUUUCUGUUACCAUUGUGCUGAAUGCAACAUCUUCUUUGAUUCACUAUGCAUCACACUUCCUCUCUCAAUUUCAGUCACACACCAUCCACACAAAAUCAAGCUUGAAUUUUCUCCACCUUAUGAUUUCUUUUGUGAUUUGUGUAACAAUAAUAAACCAAGUUAUAAAGGAUGGCUCUAUAGGUGCAACAUAUGUGAAUUUGAUAUACAUAUAGCUUGUGCAGUCAAAAACAUAGAACCUCAUUUGUUAAGGGAAAAAGGGUGUGACUAUAACUAUAAGAUGAUGAAUUUGGUGGCACAGAAAAUUGGUGGAGGAAUUAGAAUUGAUAGUGCAGUUUCUGGAUGGAAUAAGAAAUUGUUUAGUCCAUUGAAAAAGCAUAGCUCAAGCAAUGGAAAAACCAUGAUUCUUGAACUUGAAUUGCAAGAAACAGAACAUGUUUCUUCAGAAAUUUUGGAAGGAAUAACUCCACUUCGUGAUAAAAUGACUCCUCUUUCUGAUGAUACUAGUCCACCACCAUCAAGUCACCAAUUUAGUGACUCGUAUUUUUCGAUAGAUUUGAAUAAGUCUUAUUCAACAAAUCAUGAUCUUAGAAGUCAUAUACGAAAAGAAGUUAAUAGUGAUUACAUUAACCGGAGUGUUGUAUCAAGUAAUUCAGGGCAAGGUGAAGAAGAAGAAGAACGAAUCGGCGUGGUUAAUUAUUGGCUAAAAAACCAUCCACACAAGGAUAAAGCGAAUGCAGCAUUUUUCAAAGGUGGAAGUGAUUUUGAAGAAUCGCGUACGAACGUGGUAGUGAAAAAUUCCAAAGAAAGAUCGGCAAAGUGGCAUGUUAAAGAUCAAACAACCAGCACAGUAGAGUCAGAAAAAGCCAACAGUUCAGGUUGGAGGAAGUUGCUAACUUGUUGCCUUUAGCAAUAGCACAUGUAUGUGCAAGGCAACGAGUACAUGCGAGUUGUGAACAAAUUGUUAGCGAAUUUCCCAGAAUUGAAAGAUACAUGGUGAUUAAUUGCAAGCCUGCUAAUUUUCAGUCAGAAGUACUUCGCGUCAUGUUUGUUUUUGCAAAACUACUUCUGUACGUGUAAAAUUUUAGUCAUAUAUAUAUAUAUAUAUAUAUCGAAACAAUUAAGUAAAGA